AUGCUCAAGUUGCCUGACAUGUUCUGUGCAGCCCGUGCGCUCCAUUUGGUUGUUGCUGCUGCGCUUGCAAAGAAGUCGGAGGACACACCUAAAGAGCAUGUGCCUGUCGGUGCCACCGCUUUCAAUAAUGCUGAUGAGAACAGUCUUGAUCGUGGUGGUACUUCUGUCAAUGAUGGUGACGAAAGCAGUGCUGAUGUCGGUGUCGACCUAGUGGGGAGUGUUUCCGAUAACAUCUCGCUUGCUGAUAAAACAGCUGAGGAUUCGUGGAUUGCCGUCUAA